ACAACUCACGUAAUGGAAUAAAAAUACUUAGUCUUGAUGUUAAUGGCGACACUUACAGGUCAACGGGCUUCUCCGAGCGAUUUCAGCUUUCCAGGAACAACACCAGUAACAGCUACUCACUGACCAUUACAAAGGUGGAGAUUGCCGACUCUGCUGAUUACAUCUGUGGCAUUUGGGGGAAGAUAUUUGGAAAUGGAACCAAGCUGAAUGUAACCAUUGCAAAUCCUCCGAUCCUGAUCCAAUUCCCGAGGCUGGAGCGUGUCACUGAGGGUCACACGGCACGGUUAUGGUGCUCCAUGGAGAACGCUGAAGUGGGAAACACUGACGUCCACUGGUACCGAGAACUACCCGGGCAGGACAUGGAGUGGGUUUUAACACACGAGGCAGGAGGCAGCGUACGAAGGAGACCAGGCUUCACUGAGCGGUUCCAGCCGUUCAAAGAAACCUCCAACAGCAGCUUCAUCCUGAAUGUCACAAAAGUGACGCUCAAUGACUCUGCCGUCUAUUACUGCACAGUGUGGGGAGAUAUCAGAGGGAACGGAACCCAGCUCAACGUAACCAAUCCCCUGGAUGAUCCGGUCCUUAUCCAGUCUCCGUCAGUCAGCAAGGUGGCAGAGGGUGUAACUGUGCAGUUGCAAUGUGUCUUGCACAAAGCUGGUGUGAAUGACACUGACGUCCACUGGAACCAGCAGCGACCUGGGAAAAACAGCGAGUGGAUAAUGAGCCACUUUGUGGAUGGCAACGUCACCAGGUCUGGCUGUAUCUCUGACCGCUUUAAGUCUUUCAGGAAUGCCAUGAACAACAAUUACAUUAUGACCAUCGCCAAUGUCUCCAUCAAUGACACAGCUGUCUACAACUGCAGUGUGUGGAGUUACAUCUAUGGAGCAGGGUCCCAGCUCAAUGUAACUGAUCAAACAUAUGAAAAGUUGUCUUUGAAAAUCUUGGGCGGUAUUGUAGCCUGUGUCCUGGUAUUCGUCCUCUUAUUCGUCAUCUUAGCAAUAGCAGUGUGCUAUAUGAAGAAAUGGGUGUGCUUCCAACACAUGUUUAAACCCAAAGGGAACUCGACUGAAGACCUGAACCCAGUUUAUUCGACAGUUACAGUUGAAACCAAGGCCAAUACAGAACCGGCCCCCAAUGUCACUGUGUCGGAGGAACCGGAGAUACUCUAUGCUGAUAUUCAGUUUGUACGACAGAAUGCCAAAGCUCCAACCUUAGAAGUCAGCGAGGAGACAACCGAAUAUGCUGCCAUCAAACGUGCAUAG